GUACGCGCUCUUUAUCAGACCCGCAGGACGAAGACUGGAAGAACUGAAAAUGCACGUCCCAGCCGUUCUGCUCUUCGCAUUUGGCUUUCUUCUCAGAGCUACUGCCAGUGAGUCUUUGACUGAUGAGAUUUUUAAUGGGCAUCAGGCUCAGCCCCACUCCCGACCAUAUGUGGUUUCUCUUCAGCACCAAGGACAUCACAUCUGUGGAGGAUUCCUGGUGGACAAGUGCUUCGUCAUGACGGCUGCCCACUGCAUAGAUCCAAACCUCCCCUUAACUGUCCUCGUUGGAGCUCAUAGUCUGCGAGCUAGAAAAAACCUGUUAGAGUUACCUGUGAAAGCUUACUACAAACACCCCCAGUACAAUAAGAAGAGCAAUGAGAAUGACAUCAUGCUACUGAAGCUUCUGAAACCGGCCAUAAAUAUCAGUCAUGUGGACCUGAUCAAGCUGCCGAAGAAGGACAGGCACAUCAAACCAGGAAGCAUCUGCGAGGUUUCAGGGUGGGGAUACACCAAAAGUAAGAAGAUGCCGGACAAGCUACAGGUUGCCAAUGUGACAGUGAUGGAUGAAAAGCAGUGCAAACGUUCCUGGAAAAAAAGUCUUAUAGCAAAUGUGAUCUGCAGCAAAGGCAGCGAGACUGAUGGGGGCUUCUGUGAGGGGGACUCCGGUGGGCCUCUAGUUUGCAAUCGUGUUGCAGAGGGCAUUAUUUCAUACCGUGGAGGCAAAAAGUGUGACAUACCUGAGACCCCCAAUGUGUACAUCAAGACGGGCAGGUACCUCAAAUGGAUUCAGAAAAUCCUCAAGACCUCAAAGAAAGCUUGUGGUCAAAGCCAUUCAGGGGGCGCAGAGUUUUCUGACUGAUUUUUUGCUUCUUUUUUUCAGCUAUAAAAGUUUGAAAAUAUUAUUGUUAACAACUGAACAUUUUCAUAGUGAGGCAUAUUUUGGGUGGAGGUUGAAUUCUGUUUUUUUUAACUUUCUGAUUU